AUGGAUGUGGUCGUAGAAGAAUGUAUCCAACGAAGCGGAGCAGCAGAAGUCUCGGAGAAAACCGGACCAGACACAGGCCCCGUGACCUCUUUCACGCGUUUAGACUGA